AACACAUGGUUCACCACCCGUUUCCAAGCUAAAACUAAUUAUGACUUGGGAGUAUUGCAUGUGUUCCUGAUAUCAGUUUCUGGUAACUGUUUCUCAUGAAAUUAGGACACCCAUGAAUGGCAUCCUUGGGAUGAUUGCUUUGCUUUUAGAUAUAAAUUUAAGUUCAACACAAAAGGAUUAUGCUCAGACCGCUCAAGAUUGUGGAAAGGUGCAGAUAACAUUGAUAAAUGAGGUGCUUGACCGAGCAAAAAUUGAAGCAGCAAAGUUAGAGCUUGAAUCUGUCCCCUUUGACCUUCGAUCUAUCCUAGAUGAUGUGCUCUCUUUAUUUUCUGAAAAGUCUAGAAGCAAAGGUGGUAAGCUGGCAGUCUUUGUUUCUGAUAAAGUUCCUGAAAGAGUUGUAGGAGAUCCAGGGAGAUUCAGACAGAUCAUUACUAAUCUUGUUGGGAACUCUGUUAAAAGACUGAACUCCCUGUUAUCUUGGUUGCAAUCCUUUUAUUUGAUCAAACUACAUUCAAGGAAGUACUGGAAGUGCGCUUUUUCAUAAAGGAAUUGAUCUUUAAGUUUCAGAGAGUACUGUUUACAAGCGAUUCAUUCGAGAAAUUAUAGAUUUGGGAGACUUAUGAUGAGCAUGCUAUUCUUCAAUUCACUGGCCAUUUGGAAAAUUUUGAACUAUUCCAACAAGUGAGAGUUCAUCACUUUCAUGGCUUCAAAUCCCCACUCCUCGAGGGAAUGAUUUCAACGCUUUGUACAACACCCAAUUCAGAUUCCUUGAACUGCCUUGGAUCCUGCAGCCUUUGGCUCUGAAGGUAACUUCCUAAGAGAUGAAGACUUUACGAGAAAGUUGAAUACAAUUGAUGCGGUUUUAAGGAAACAUCAAAAUGUUGAUUUUCCUGAGAGACGCCAAUUAUGGACAUUGCUUGGUUCAUCAUCUCCAUGCAGGCAGAGCUAUGAGAGUGAUUCAAUUGGACUUUGGAGUCAGCCAAUUGAAUGUUAAUAAAUGUACAGAAGAAGCAAAUUAAGAAAUUGAAUUGAGGUUUUCCUUUCAUUUUCACGUCCCUUUUUCCUUUUAUUCAUUCAUUUUGUCUAAAUCUGAUUCCAACUGUCAAUCCAUUACGUAGAAAGCUU